UUCGAGCCUGGUGAUAAAAAGGAAAGGAGCGACUCUAGCAUUUGCUGGUGGAGACAAGGCAGAUUUGCCAGGUGAUAAAGUACCCUGUGUGUGUGUGUGUGUGUUCAAUUAUUUGUCAGCACGGCUAAAGAAAACACACCACAGAGGAAAUCAGAACCAUUAGUGAAGUCGAAGGCUAGUUUGCACGCGUUCCUUCGAAAAAUACCAAGUGGAAGGAAGACCAGCAAAGAGAAUCCACUUUCUUGGCUGUUUUAUUUUCUCUGCCGCUUCUACUCCGGGGAUGUUUGGCUUGUGCUCCUGGUCAUCAGAUCCGCCCCAGGCCGAUCGAGUCUUCAGGCCGGGCUGGGGGCCCUCUGAGACGCGGAGGGGCUUCCGCGAGGUCGGGGUGGGACUAUCCACAUCAUCAGCAGCAGAAACAGCAGCUGCGGGCAGCCGAGCGCAAAAAGGAGACUCCGGAGGUCCCGAGAGAGGCCCUUUGCCAAGGCCGUAGCCCCGACCCGAAACCGUCCCCGCCGUCUCGCCCACCAGGGCGCGGCCCCAGCGCCACCCGGCUCGCCCCGGAGAGGUGGGACUUUCCCCACCGGAAGUGAUCCUGUCCAGUCUCGGGGAACUGGGGCACCUCAACCAGUGUGUCAGGGAAACCCUUCCGGGCCGGACGACACCCGCGGCAGCCGCGGCCCAGAGACCCGCCCGGGCGACAGCGACUGGAGCGGAGCCCACAGGCCCGGGCCGGCUCGGCGGCGCGAGCAGGAAGCGGGGUCCCUGGGCCCCUUUGUGUGAAGGGCGAAGGAGGGGUGCGGGGCAGCCCCCGACCGCGGGCUCCUUGGACGCCUGUCUUCCCGCGGGGGUCCCCGUCGGUCCUGCAGCGUCCCCCCUCCACUUCCCUUCGGGGGGCGCGUCUCGCCUCCCCCCGCCCUCCUCCGGGCUGCUCAGGGCUCGCCCUUUCCCCACGCCCCCUGCCUGGGCUUCAGUUCCUAUAGGAAGGGCAUUACCAUCCCAUCCCCACCCACCCCGACACUUCGCUCUUUCCCCUCCCCCUCCUUUAACUUCCUCUUCUUCCCCCGUCCGGCCCUCGGCUCCUCUGCACUCUCCUCCCGGGUUCGCAGAUUUCCGCCCACCUUCCGCCUCUCCGAGCAGCGCCGCAGCGAGCGGGGUGUUAUUUUUCCCUCCCUUUGGUAGGAGUUGGUGAAGGUGAGACUCAAUGAGGGAAUACAAGGUAGUGGUGUUAGGGAGCGGAGGGGUUGGCAAAUCCGCCCUGACUGUGCAGUUUGUCACUGGGACUUUCAUUGAGAAAUAUGACCCCACCAUUGAAGAUUUCUACCGCAAAGAGAUCGAAGUGGACUCUUCCCCCUCCGUGCUGGAAAUUCUGGACACCGCAGGAACUGAGCAGUUUGCUUCCAUGAGAGAUCUCUACAUCAAAAACGGCCAAGGUUUCAUCCUGGUUUACAGUCUGGUUAAUCAACAGUCUUUUCAGGAUAUCAAGCCAAUGAGAGAUCAGAUUGUCAGAGUGAAGAGAUAUGAAAAAGUCCCACUGAUCCUAGUAGGAAAUAAAGUGGAUCUGGAACCAGAAAGAGAGGUUAUGUCUUCAGAAGGCAGAGCUCUGGCUCAAGAAUGGGGCUGUCCUUUCAUGGAGACAUCGGCAAAAAGUAAAUCAAUGGUGGAUGAACUUUUUGCUGAGAUCGUCAGGCAAAUGAACUAUUCUUCCCUACCCGAGAAGCAAGAUCAAUGUUGUACAACUUGCGUUGUCCAGUAAAAAAUAAAAAGAUAACCUCAAUCAUGGCCAUACCGAGCAGAUAAAACUCAGAGGAAAUUUGCACAGAUGCUGCUUUGGAGAACUUUACAACCUGGGUUGCAGAACUGAGCCUUGGUAAACCUGUCUCUAUUACAGCAUGUUGCCAUACAUCUAAUUAAGUGCAUAAGGUCUUUGGCCUUCAAGAUCCAUUGACCUUAAACAGGAAUGCUUAGCACGUUUACCAUAUGUUUAAAAUCUGUUCUUUAUCAAUCAGUCCUUUUGUAGCUUUCUAAGUUCUUAAUGAUGGCUAAUAUGCAAGAAUUAAUUUUUAAUAUUUUAAUUGAUUUCUUUAAUCAGUUUCUCAACUUGUAUUUAUUAAAUACUCAAGCUCAGUAUUACCUACUCAAUGCCUUUUAAAAGAAAGUUAUAAUGGAGAAAAAAAUUGAGCCUUAAACAAAUGGUUACUUCUGUAUAUUACCUCGCACCAGUGCUUCAUUCUAUUUGUAAAAUCUUUCUCCUUUAAGUGAUUGGUUAAUACUUUCAGACUUUUGUUUACGUGUGGCAGUGUUGUAAAAAGAAACUAAAGAUCACAUUUUACCUGUGUGGAUGGACUAUCCCUUUUCUUCAAGUGCAGUUUGUGAUGUAUUUUUGUGUUAACAUGUUCUGAAACUUAUGGUUGAUAUUUGAAAUUGACUGUAGUGCAUUUAGCUAAAGAGUUAAGCAUUUGAUUCCAUUAGGUUUUCACAUGUGUUAAUCUCAUUUACAGCAUCAAAUUGCAGCAGUAACAUUUUCCUUUCUGUGAAGUUCUAAAUUUAGUUAUGACCUACUUAGCAAUGCCUUUGAAAAGGGAUAUUGUAUCCAUGGUAAAUUAAUUGUAUACCUAAACAGAGAUAGCUCAGCUUCGCCUGUCAGGCUUGUAAGUGACAUCUAGUAGACUUCUGCACAUGUAAAAUUAAAUUCAAAUAAAAUCAUAUACACUUUGUAGUUCUUAAUAUUUGUCUUUCUGAAUAAUAGUUUAAAGCAAUAUUUGUUAAAGUUUUCUUGCACUAUCACAAUUGCUUUUUAGUUAUUUCUCAAGAAGCAUGUUUGUAGUAGAGACAAAAAUCUGUGUAACAGGAGGGAAGAUAGCGCCAAGUCUCUGGGCGUUUUUUUCCUUUGUUUUUGUUUAUUCUUUUUGCAAAUGUGCUUCUAAUAGCCAUUGCCUUCCAUGUUGUUUACCUAAUCAGCACAUUUUGUCUGAAUACUUGAACAUUUAACAAUAACACAGGUAUAGAAACAGAAAGUAAACUUAUAAAGAGUAAUCUUGUGAUUCAGUUCUAACAUCAUGAUAAUGAGCGCUUUUUCUAGCAAUGAUUUAAAAAUUUUGUAAGUUUGACAGUAUUUUGUUGUUGGGUUUUUACUUGGUUUUAGUUGUGUGCUUUUAAUUUGCAGAAGUUAGUAACUGCAGCUCACCUACUGCACCAAAGUUCUCGAUUUUAGGAGCCCAGCUUUAGUCAUUUGAACAUGCUUCUAAA